AUGGCAUUUUUCCCAAGAGCCUUCUACAACCAGGAUCGUUCCUUCACUCCUUUGUUCCGUCUUCUAGACGACUACGACACCUAUUCUCGUCAGCAGAACCCAAAGUCCAAUCGCCAAGGCUUGACCCGACAAUGGCAGCCCAAAUUUGACGUUCGCGAGACCGCGGACGCUUAUGAGCUCCACGGUGAGCUUCCUGGCGUUGACAAAGACCACGUCAAGAUUGAGUUCUCUGAGUCUCAGACCUUGCUCAUUCGAGGCACAGCCAAGAGAUCUUGUACGGCUGGUACUCCGCCAAGUCGCCAAGUCGAAGAUACCGUCAUGAGCGGCGGUCUCCCAGAUGCCGAGGAGCACAAGAACGCAAGGAAGGCUACUGUUGAGGAUGAGGAGGACGAAGAGUGGUCCAACGCAUCACAAUCCCGCCCCGGAACGCCAACCACCACCACAGCCACAGCCGAGGUUGGGAAAAAGCCUGGGGCUGAGAGGGAAAAGGUUGCCGACAAGGCCAAGUACUGGCUCACUGAGCGCAGCGUUGGAGAGUUUUCUCGCAGCUUUAAUUUCCCCAACCGCGUCGAUCAGGACGGCGUAACUGCCAGCUUCAAGGACGGAAUUUUGUCCAUUGUUGUGCCCAAGGCGAAGAAGCAUGAAUCCCGCCGCAUUGCCAUCAAUUGA